AACACAGGUUUCUUUUCAAAGUUAUCUACUUGUUUGUUCCUCACGUCCAAAACCACUUACAGUAUAUAUACUCUUCUCGAACUUUUCACCCUUCAUUGUCUUUAUUUGAUCUAAAAUCACUCUCUCUCGAAACACUCAGAUCUUUCAUAUUCUCUCUUUGAUCUCUGCAGUAAUGGCUACCAAGAGGAGUGUGAGUACUUUGAAACAGGCAGAUUUGAAGGGUAAGAGGGUGUUUGUGAGGGUUGAUCUCAACGUGCCUUUGGAUGACAACUUUAACAUCACUGAUGACACUAGAAUCCGCGCUGCUGUGCCCACCAUCAAGUACUUGCAAAGCCAUGGUGCCAAAGUCAUCCUCUCCACUCACCUUGGACGCCCAAAGGGUGUUACACCUAAAUACAGUUUGAAGCCUAUUGUUCCAAGGCUGUCUGAACUUCUUGGAGUUGAGGUUAAGAUGGCAAAUGACUGCAUUGGUGAGGAAGUUGAGAAGUUGGUGGCUGAAAUUCCAGAGGGAGGUGUUUUGCUCCUUGAGAAUGUGAGAUUCCAUAAGGAGGAAGAGAAGAACGACCCUGAAUUCUCAAAGAAGCUAGCCUCUCUUGCAGAUCUCUAUGUGAAUGAUGCAUUUGGAACUGCUCACAGGGCCCAUGCUUCCACAGAGGGAGUGGCUAAGUUCUUGAAACCAGCUGUUGCUGGAUUCCUCAUGCAGAAGGAACUUGACUAUCUUGUCGGAGCUGUAUCUAAUCCCAAGAGGCCAUUCGCUGCUAUUGUUGGCGGUUCAAAGGUGUCCAGCAAGAUUGGAGUGAUAGAAUCCUUGUUGGGAAAGGUUAACCUUCUUUUGCUGGGUGGAGGGAUGAUCUUUACCUUCUACAAGGCUCAAGGGUAUUCAGUUGGCUCCUCCCUUGUGGAGGAAGACAAGCUUGAUCUUGCAACAACACUAAUUGAGAAGGCUAAGGCAAAAGGGGUGUCUCUACUGCUUCCAACUGAUGUUGUUAUUGCUGACAAAUUUGCUGCUGAUGCUAAUAGCAAGGUUGUUCCAGCAUCUGCUAUCCCUGAUGGUUGGAUGGGAUUGGAUAUUGGACCUGAUUCUAUCAAGACAUUCAACGAAGCUCUGGAUACCACCCAAACUGUCAUCUGGAAUGGACCUAUGGGUGUGUUUGAGUUCGAAAAAUUCGCAGCAGGAACAGAGGCGAUUGCAAAGAAGCUGGCAGACCUAAGUGCCAAGGGGGUGACAACGAUCAUUGGAGGAGGUGACUCUGUUGCAGCUGUUGAGAAGGUUGGUCUAGCUGACAAGAUGAGCCAUAUAUCAACUGGAGGUGGUGCCAGCUUAGAGCUUCUUGAGGGAAAACCACUCCCUGGUGUCCUUGCUCUUGACGAUGCCUGAGCUAAGUUGUGCUCAUUUCCCUUGUAUUUUUACUUAUGUUAUAUGGUUGUCUAUCCAUCCAGAGUGGAUUAAGUAAAAAUAGAUCUCAUUUUGUAGAGGCUAUAGGCUAGAUUGAAAUAAGCGGCAUCUUAUUGGCGUUGUUACUGGUGCACUGGUUUGGAUUGAACCCCCUUUUUGGAACAAUGUUAAUGAUGAGUGCGUGGGUUUUUCCCCCCCUUAAUCAGUUAUAUCCUAUUGGUUUUA